UGAUGCCAGCUUACUCUUCUAAUCAAUUAGCAAACCUUAUCAUCUCUCAAAGUACGUUUCAACUACAGAGUCAACCACCAUGGCCGACGCUCUCAUCUCCAGUGUUGUAGAAGAGCUGAUCAACAUACUGAAGCACCAAGCCCAUGAGCUAAAAAGAGCUUUGGGUGUGGAGAAGGAGAUCGCAAACCUCUCAUCAAAGCUCGAGGAAAUUAGGGAGGUAUUGGAUGAUGCAGAGAAGAGAAGCUUUAAGGAAAAGGGCAUCAAGCUCUGGAUCGAAAAUAUCCAAGACUUCUCCUACCAAGUGGACGAUGUUCUGGACGAGUGGAGAACCAGAACUCUGAGACAACAGAUCGAGAGCCAAAAGGUAAGUGGUAGAAAGUUUAGUCGCAGCUCUUUCCUGCCUUCGCGUUUCCAUAGGUUUGCUAUGCAUCGAGACAUCGCCAAGAAAAUAAAGGAGCUUGAUUCAACACUUGAUCGGAUUACGAAAGAGAAAGAUCAGUUCAAAUUUGAUUAUGCAUCAAUAACACACACUUCUGCAGCAUCAUCACACUCUGAUCAUCAAGAAUUGAUGCGAGUCACCACUGCGUUUGAUGUGGAUGCUUCAGAGACUCAAGGUAGGAAAUCCGAUGCCAGUGCUUUAAUAGGCAAGUUAGUGGAGAAUUCUGGAGAAGAAGAAGCAAGAAAUGAAAAUGGUCCCCCUGUGAUUUCCAUAGUGGGAACGGGAGGAAUAGGGAAAACUACCCUUGCUCUACUAGUCUUUGGGGAUGAACAGAUCAAGACUCAUUUUGAUGAAAGGGUGUGGAUUUGUGUUUCCAACCCUUUUGACCAGAUCAAGAUUGCAAAAGCCAUUGUUGAGUCAACCACUAAAAGCUCCACGGAUCUUUCCCAACUCCAACUGUUACUGGAAAAGAUCCAAAGCACUUUGUCUGGGAAAAGGUUCCUACUUGUGAUGGAUGAUGUGUGGACAGAGCAGUAUGCAAAGUGGGAGCCAUUGAAGAACUCUCUCAAGUAUGGACUCCCCGGGAGUAGAAUCUUGGUGACCUCUAGGAGUGAGAGGGUUGCUACAAUGAUGGGAAGUGUGUAUCUGCAUCAGUUGGAUCUAAUAUCUGACUCAGAAGCUUGGUUGUUGCUUAGCAGGAUAGCAUUUUCCAGAAGAAGGGAAGAGGAUCGUGAGAAACUGAAAGAUAUUGGUCAGAAAAUUGCUCAAAAGUGCAAAGGAUUGCCCCUUGCUGCUAAGGUCAUGGGAAGCCUGCUAUGUUUCAAACACACUAAAGAUGAUUGGCAAAAUGUUUUAGACAAUAAAGUUUGGGAGUUGGAGGAAGUGGUAACAGACCUCUUCCCUCAUUUGUAUCUAAGCUACAAUGAUUUGACCCCAAAUAUGAAGCAAUGUUUCUCAUACUGUGCUGUCUUUCCCAAAGAUUAUGAAAUAGAGGUAGAUGAGCUCAUCAGAAUUUGGAUGGCACAAGGUUAUGUGACCAUGGAAUCAAAAGGCAGGGAGUUAUUUGAGGGUUUAGCAAUGCGCUCUUUCUUCCAAGAUUUGAAGAAAGAUGAGAUGGAUUCCAACAUUAUCAUAUCUUGCAAAAUGCAUGACAUAGUGCAUGAUUUUGCCCAUUUUCUUACCAGAAAUGAAUGCUACAGUAUUGACCAGCACAAGGAUAAGGUCGGGAUUAAAAAUCUUCGUCAUCUGUCAUGGCAGAACACUGGUAGGAAUAUAAAUCUCACUUCCAUUUAUGAUAUUGGAAAACUUCGCAGUUUUUUUGCUGAAUGCCUUUCUCCCGAACAACUUACUCCUGGUUUGUUCAAUGGUCUGAAAUCUAUGAGAGUAUUAAGAUUGCAUGAAUGUGAGUUGCAAAAACUCCCAAAGAAGAUAGGAAAUUUGCUUCAUCUAAGGUACAUUGAUUUAAGUAGGAGCGAUGUAGAGGAGUUACCGGAUGAAAUUUGUUCUUUAUAUAACUUGCAAACUUUACAUCUUAGAUGUAAUGAUUUUUCUAGGUUGCCCGAAGGGAUUGGAAAUUUGCGUCAGCUAAGGUACAUUAAUUUAAGUUGGAGUAAAGUAGAGAAGUUGCCCGAUACAAUUUGUUCUUUGGAGAACUUGGAAACUUUAGAUCUUGAGGGAUGUGAAGGUCUUUCCAGGCUACCCAAAGGGAUUGGCAAUUUGAUAAACUUGAGACACCUUAACAUCAGAAGCACCGAAAGGCUGGAGAUGAUGCCCCAAGGUAUCGCAAAGCUAACUCAGCUUUGUAGUUUAAGUGAGUUUAAGGUGGGGAAAGAGUCAAGUAAGUUGGGAUACAUGGAGAAGCUGAACCAACUCAAAGGGGAGCUGUCAAUUAUUGUUUUGUGCGAUCUGAAUAACGCAGCAGAUGUGGAGGAAGCAGAGAAAGCAGAAUUGAGAAACAAGAAGCACAUCAAAAAAUUGUGUUUGGAUUUUAGUCCGGGAUCAGUCGAUGUGGGAGUAGAUGUGAUGGAGGCUCUGAAACCACCUCCAGAACUGCAAAUCUUGGAACUUCUUGGGUACAGAGGAACCCACUUCCCUUCCUGGAUUACACUGUCCCUUGAUAAUCUACGGAUUCUUCAAAUCUGGGGGUGCGAAAAUUGUUCAUCUUUGCCUCCAUUAGGCAAACUGCCUUCUCUGGAGACUCUUUUGAUAGCGGAAAUGAAAGAGCUAAGAUAUGUAGGGAGUGAGUUUUUGGGAGUAGCACAAGUAGGUGGUGUUGCUUUUCCAAAGCUGAAGAAAUUGAUCUUCUCAUAUUGUUCGGAGUGGGAGGAGUGGGAAGACUUCAAACAAGAAGCAACAAUAAUAAUAAUGCCAUGCAUCAAGGAGUUGGAACUAAACUAUUGCAGGGAACUUAAGACAGUGCCACAUCACCUCUUAAGUAGGCUGGAGUCUUUGAAGAUCGUAAACUGUCCGAGUCUCAAAGUUGAAUAGAUCAAGUGGAAUAUGUGACACUCCGAUCCACAUGCUGAUCAGGUGUCAAAAUGGUGACAUCAUCGUGCUUCCGGGUAAGGCCGCCGCUCCGGUCCCACUAGAUGGGAGUCGUACCUACUUGUAAUCUUAUGGUUACUAAGUUAACAGUCCGACCAAUUAAGAUCAUUUGAGCAAAAACUAUCAAGUUUAUCUCUUUUACACUUUGAAUCUCUACUACUUUGUAUAUCUAUUUGGAUUGAUGU